CGAAGGCUCGAGAAGAGACCGAACUCCUCACAGAAAUGGGUCGUCGACGCGGUGGCGGCGGUGGCUUCGGCGGUGGUCGCCCUCGCGCGCCCCCUCCUCGCCCGGCCUCGAGCCACGGCAACGCUCCCCCCCCCGCGGCGCAGCAGCGCCAAAGCGGCGGCAGCAUGAUGGGCGGCUUGGGAUCGAUGGUCAUGCAAGGCAUGGCUUGGGGCACGGGAAGCUCCAUCGCCCGCCACGCCGUCGGCGGCGUCUUGGGCAGCGGCGGCGGCGGCGCCCCCGCGGAGGAGGCUGCUCGACCUAUGCAAGACGCGGCGCCCGCGCGGAACCCGUGCGCGACGCAGAUGAAAGCUUUCAGCGCGUGCCUGGAGCAGAACGUGGACGACAUCAACAAGUGCCAGGUGUACGUGGACAUGCUCCAAGCGUGCAAGCGCGGGGAUUUGGCGUGAUCGAGACGCGCGGUGUGUGUAGUCGACUGGCGGACAGUCCGCCGACGCGGCGUGUGUUGUGUAAGAACAAAAACCAUGAA